GAUAUAUAUAUAUAUAUGUAUAAUAGUAUAAAAUUGUUCCAUUAUCAUCAUUGUUUUCUCUGUAAAUAUAUAUAUAUAUAGAAAUAAAAGUAUAAAAGAAGAUAAAUUCCAAUUAGAAAUGACUCUUGUUUUUCAAAAUUUUCGAAUUAUUGCCAGAUGUUCAUUAAUUAAUUUUAUUCAAAAAUCACAAUGUCACACGCUCAAAACAGAAAUACUGCCAAAAUCAGUGUACUCGCAAUUAGGCGAGAAACCCGCAGAAAUAUUUUUAUUUAUAAAAAAUAAUCAUGGCUAUUUAAGUGGACAUCAUUAUCUACAGGCAUUGAGAAAAUUAAAUAAAACAUCAUUCAAUUAUAAUGAUGUAAAAAAUAAUAAUGACUUUGCUGAACUUUGUGAUGAAUUAAAAAAACAAUUAACAACACUUGAUGUAUCGGAUGUUGUUUCUGUAUUAAAUGAAUUAACAAAAUUUCGUAUUGAAAAAAAUACAGUCAUUUAUGAAUCAUUAUUACAAUUAAUUCGUACAAAUAUUAAUUCAUUGCAUAUUGAUGAUAUUAUAACAUUACAAAUGGCAUUACAAAAUGGUCCCAAUACACCAUUAAUAAAUGCAAUAUUAAAGGCAUUACCAACAUUAUUUGACAAAUUAUUGGAUACAAUUGAUUUUGAUAAUAUUCAUUUAAUGGCAUCGUGUCUUGUAUUUGCGACAAAAUGUGAAAAACAUAAUUAUCGAAAUAUUGAAUUUCUUCUUGAUGCAAUUGAUAAUUAUAGAGAUGAUAUUCCAUUGACGUCGGCAAAAUUUAUUUUAAAAUCAAUAAGAUUUCUUCCACAUUUUGAAAAAACACAUAAUAGACUUUUAAAACGUGUUCAAAAUAUUAUUAUUCAAAAAAUUGAUAGAAUUUCAUUUAUUGACGCAAUUGUGAUAUUGAAAUCAAUUCAAUUCACCAAAAAUGUAAAGGCACUUUAUAAUGACACCAUGGUGGAUAGUUUAGUUAAUAUGAUAAUUAAAACAGAUGUUGGUUUAGAACAAGGUGUUGAGACACUUGAGAAAUUGGUGAAAAUUGGUCACGAACAAGUUGCGCUUUUAGAUUAUAUUGCAAUAAAAUUUGUCGAUAAAUCAAAUAGAAAAGAUUAUAAAUAUUUAAAUAUGUUAGAUGUAUUUGUUUCUGCAAUGGCAAUGUGUGAUUAUAAAUCAAUUUUUUGGGAUGUUAUUCAAGAAUUAAUAUUAAAUAAUAAUUCAAUUGAUUCUUAUGAGAAUAUCACUGAACUUGUUGUGAAUUUAGCAAUUCUCGAUUCUUAUUCCGAUAAAUUGCUACGACUUAUUCUCGAGAAAAAUACUAAUAUCGAAUGGAUGCCUGCUGAUCAAAAGCUGAAAAUUUUAAAAUUAUAUCAAAUUAUUAAAACACUUUAUUUAGAUUAUGAUGGACCUCGUCCAUUGGAGGAUAAAUUAGAAUUGCUUGUCGAUUGGAAUCAAUAUAAUUAUAAGAAAUCACCAAUUUACAAGGCCUUGGAAAUAGCUGUUGGAGGUUCUGAAUAUAUUGAAAGUAAAGUGAAAACGAAAUUGGGUCAUUUUAUUGAUCACGUGAUUCUUUGGGAUAAAUCAUCAGCUAAACCUAUUCCAAUUAGUUAUGAAAAUAGUGAAAGAAAUGAAAAUUCAACAACCGAUUUCAAUGAAUUGAAGCCAAUUACAUAUUUAGAGGAUAUUUCUGUUCCCGAUGAGACUCAAGUACUUCUAUUUGUGGAUAUUCCAACAAAUGGUUUUACAAUCAAUGCAAUGCAAUUAAAAGGCAGUUGGAAUUCAUAUAUUAAAACUUUAGAGGCCAUGAAUUAUUUGGUAAUUCCAAUAUGUUCUGAAAAUUGGCAACAAUUACCUGAUAAGGAAAGAAUUCCUUAUUUAGUGCACGCAAUGCGAUUAAAAUGUGCCACUCAUUAUAAUCCAUUGUAAAAAAAAAAAAAAAAAAAAAAAAAAAAAAAAAAAAAAUGAAAAAAAACAAAGGAAAACAAA